CAUUUUUCAAACAGUGUGAUGCAUACAAUAGUCUAGAAGGACAGUUUGUGGGGAGUCGACUGGGACAUUCUCUAUCACCAGCCUAACACACAGUCAGUCAGGUUGUGUGAGCCAGGAGCUUGUUCCUAUAGCCUUAAUUCAGUUCUGUAUUGCCACUAAACAAGAUGGGACCACUCACUACAUGUCUGAGACCUGCAGAGCAGGAAUAUGAGGCUAUUAAAUAGACAGAUAUUGUUGUUUAGGAUUGGUGGAGGUUGGUAUUUAUCAGCCAAUCUUCAAAGAUUCAUUAAAAACUUCAGGAAAUGUAUUUUACACAAAUAAAUAAAAAAAUAAGGAAAAUAAGGAUUCCCUAUAGAGAAGAUUGACUGCUGUGAAGAAAAAAACCCAGUCUAUAAAGACAGCUGACACAAGACAAUUUGAUUGUCUUGUUUUGCCAUUUGAGGUGCUGGGUUAUUAGUUUAAACUUUACAUAUCCUGAAAUAAAAUGCAUGCCAGGUGGAAAUGAGAACUUCUGUCCCUGCAGGUCAGUUUGUGCAUGACAUCUGAGAUGAUGUGUUUGGAGCUGAGCGUAAUCCAAACUACAUCUCCCAGCCGCCCUUGCCUGCUGGCUGGAGGAAGCUGUCACCAUGCUUCCUUCUGGACUUUGACACAGAUUUUAAGCCCGAGAAGCUGCGGGCUUCCGACAUUCUCGUUUCACACAGCUUGAGUCUCUCCAAAAAGCAGCAGGCUCCUCUCCCCUCCCGCGGAGCCCGAUGGCGGUGCAGGUGACCGUUCUGCCUUCUCGCAGGUGUUUAUUCGAUGACCCCGUUCAGAUCCGUGUGACCGGACUCGUCCCACAGCAGGCGGUCACGCUCAGAGCCUGCCUUCUGGAUGAGGGUGGGGAGCUCUUCCAAGCCCACGCUCACUACAGGGCUGGUGACAGUGGGGAGCUUGAUCUGACCAGCUGCCCAGCGCUGGGGGGCAGCUAUUCUGGAGUGGAGCCCAUGGGAUUGCUGUGGUCUCUGCGGUCCAAAACGCCACAUAAGCGGCUGGCAAAGAGGAACGUCAUGACCCCUUUCUGUGUAGACUUGGAAGUGUAUGAGGGCCAUGGGGACAUGAGCCAGUUGCUGGGAAAGUGCACCCAUGAGCGGUAUUUUUUAGGAGAGGGAGUAAAGAGGAUUUCAGUCAGAGAAGGUCGGCUUAAAGCAACUCUCUUCCUCCCUCCUGGACCCGGACCAUUCCCUGGUCUUAUCGAUUUGUAUGGAUCUGGAGGAGGACUUGUUGAAUACAGAGCAAGUCUUCUGGCUAGCAGAGGCUUUGUGACUCUAGCCCUGGCUUACAUGGCCUUUGAAGAUCUUCCUGCUAUGCCAGAGAUUCUUGAACUGGAUUAUUUUCAGGAGGCUAUAGACUUUUUGCAGAAGCAGCAGCAGGUGAAGGAUUCUGGGAUUGGCGUUUUGGGCUUGUCUAAAGGAGCUGAUCUAGCCCUUUCCAUGGCCACAUUUCUACCUGGCAUCAAGGCAGCUGUCAGCAUAUCUGGAAGUGGCUUUAAUUCUUUCAUUCCCCUAAGGGGAGAUGGCUUCACUAUUCCUGCCCACCCAUAUGACUUGGGGAGAGUGAAGACCAGUGAGGAGUCUGGUCUUAUAGAUUUUUCAGAUAUCCUAGAUGAUCACAGAGACCCAGCGACUUGGGAUAGUCGCAUUCCCGUGGAGAAGUCCUUGGCCAAGUUCCUCUUCCUGACAGGGCUGGAUGAUAAGAACUGGAAAAGUGACCUCUACUGCCGGGAUGCUGUUCAGCGCCUUCAUCAGAGUGGACGGAAGGUGGAGUUUUGCUCCUAUUCUGGAGCAGGACACCUCUUGGAGCCACCUUACCUGCCUCUGUGCCAGUCUUCAAUCCACAAAGUGCUUGGGGCGUUUGUGCAGUGGGGUGGACAGUGGAGGGAGCAUGCCAGAGCACAAGAAGAUGCCUGGCACAGGAUACAGGCCUUUUUCUGGAAACACCUGAUGAACUCAGACAUUCCUAAGAGCAAUCUGUAGUAGAGGUAUUGCUGUCAGCAGUGGUGGCAGGAUUAGUAUUUCAUUUCUUACUGCAUUAGGUCCAAAAUCUUCCCGAGUAAUUUCCCAUUUUUGAGUUUUUUGAGUACAUUUUGGAUCCCAGCUGAGUGAAGAGGCACUCUUCUCAUUUAUUCUGAGGUGCAGCAAUAACAUUUGUUUCUGAUACUUCAGAAUCCAGAAGAAAUGAAUCUUACUGAGGUUACGCUGGUGGUAUCUCCUGCUGAUUCCAGAUAUGCUACGUCUGACUGAAGUUUGCACUGCACUACUCAAUAAAUAUGUCUGUGUGUAUGCACAGUUUACUUGAAAUUA